UGGUCCGAGAAGAGAAAGGCAGAGACAGCUUUUAAUCAUUUGCCUUUCAAUUCCUUGAGGAUCUCAUAAACCCCUAGAAACUGGUUAUUACAAGAUCAUUAACUAGUUAUAAAAGAAAUGAAAGAAAGUAGCUGUAGCACGGAAGAUUCCAAGACCAGCCCGACAACUAACCAACGACUUGAGGACGAUGAAGAAGAUCAUGAGGAUGAUGAUCAUCAAGAAGACAUGAACAACAACAGCACAAAGCCUAAUAUCAACGGUACCAGCUCUAGCAGCAGCACGGUGGAAGAGAAUUCAAAGAAGCCUGCUUCUGGAUCUGUUAGGCAAUAUAUACGUUCCAAAACUCCCAGGCUCCGGUGGACACCCGAGCUCCAUCUCUGCUUUAUUCAUGCUGUUGAAAGACUAGGAGGACAAGAUCGAGCUACUCCAAAGUUGGUUCUUCAAUUAAUGAACAUUAAAGGUCUUAGCAUAGCUCACGUCAAGAGCCAUCUUCAGAUGUACAGGAGCAAGAAAAUUGACGACCCCAAUCAAGUCAUCUCGGAGCAAAGGCUUCUUGCUGACAGUGGGGAUCACAAUAUUUAUAAUCUCAGCAAACUUCCGAUGCUUCAAGCUUUUGAUCAUUUCUCUAGUUCCGGUUCUUUAAGAUAUGGGAAUACUUUCUGGAACAGUCGGCAGACAAAUUACCAUGGUCCUUACAAUUAUGGAGGUGCUCCAUCAAAUUUUACUAGACAUGGAUUUGGAACUGCUGACAAGUUUUUUGGGAGAAACAAUGUUGGACAUCUUUAUGGUUCUCAUGAAUUCAACGCGGCUAGACAAUCUUCAUGGAGGAAUAUUCUUGCUAAUGAGAACGAGACCCAAUUUUUUUCCAGUCAAGGACCUUGGCGAACCCAAUCUGGGACUGGGACGAGUUCAAAUGUAAAACCAAGUCUGAUGUCGCAAUUGCACGAUAGAGGGAGAUCAGAACAAAUUAAUGCUGAUUUUCGAGGCCCUCUUUCUCCCGGCAAAAAACCACAUGCUGUUCAAGAAGGGAUCAACUUACUGAAAAGAAAGGCCUCAGCAGACUCCGAUGUGAAUCUUGACUUGAACCUGUCUCUACCAACGCCAAGGCAAACAGACGACAGAGAUAACAGAAGAUUGAAGGUUGAUGGAACUGAUAAUUCUUUAUCUCUCUCUUUAUUCCCGUCCUCAACCUCAGUGUCUAGCAGAAAUUUAGAGGAAAUUCAUGGUAAUACUAGAAAGCAUGCAAGAACGGCAAGUACCCUUGAUCUGACUUUAUGAACAAGACAAUCAGAAGUGAGAUUCUGAGGUACUUGUCAUUUGUCAAUACCUCUGUCAAUGUGCAGAUCUUUGUCUUAUACUACCAGUGUGCAAGGUAAGGUCAUCGGUUUAGUUUUGUUUUAUUGUCAGUUUCUCUGCAUAAAUUACUAAAUAUUUAGCCUUGGGAUGCUAA